AUGUCUUCUACUAUUUCUGAGGGCUCUUUCACUCCUCUCUUGAAGCUGAACUUGCCGUCGCCGGAGGAAUACCGCAAACGCAAGGUCGCGCUCAUCUCUGGUAUCACCGGUCAGGAUGGGUCAUACCUCACGGAGCUGCUUCUUUCGAAAGGUUACGAGGUCCAUGGAAUCAUCCGCCGAUCGUCCAGUUUCAACACGAACCGCCUGCAGCACCUCUACGAGGAUCAGCACGAACGUCCUAACAAGUUCAAGCUUCACUACGGCGACCUGAGCGACAGCACGAACCUUGUCUACGUGAUCGCGGACGUGAAGCCCACUGAAGUCUACAAUCUGGGCGCCCAAUCCCACGUUAAGGUCUCCUUCGAGAUGGCCGAGUACACCGGGGAUGUCGACGGUCUUGGCACCCUCCGCCUCUUGGACGCGAUCCGCACUUGCGGCCUCGAGAAACACGUCCGAUUCUACCAGGCAUCGACCUCGGAGCUCUAUGGCAAGGUUGUUGAGCCCAUACAGAGUGAGACGACUCCGUUCUACCCCCGCAGCCCCUACGGUGUCGCGAAGCUUUACGCGUACUGGAUCACGGUGAACUAUCGGGAGGCGUAUGGCAUGUACGCUUGCAACGGUAUUCUCUUCAACCACGAGAGCCCGAGGCGAGGCCGGACAUUCGUCACUCGUAAGAUUUCUCGCGCGGUAGCGGAUAUUCACCUUGGCAAACAAGCGUGCUUGUACCUCGGCAACUUGGAUUCUCAGCGUGACUGGGGCCAUGCGAAGGACUACGUUGAAGGCAUGUGGCUUAUGUUGCAGCAGAACCAGCCUGAGGACUUCGUCCUUGCGACCGGCGAGACGCACCCCGUUAGGGAAUUCGUCGAGAGGGCAUUCGGCAUCGUUGGCACGCAGAUCCGUUGGCAAGGAUCUGGCGACACCGAGGAGGGUGUGGACACCAAGACCGGCAACGUCAUCGUUAAGGUUGAUCCCCGCUACUACCGUCCAGCUGAGGUCGACCUCCUGCUUGGCAACCCAACCAAGGCCGAGAAGACACUGGGUUGGAGGCGCAAGGUCGACUUCCCGUCCCUGGUGAAGGAGAUGGUAGAGACGGACAUCCGGGCAUCGGAAAGCCUGAUUGAGAACCAAAAUUGA